UGGGCGGGGCCUGAGGCCCGCGGUCGCGCGCCCGAGGCGGAGGGGGGCGGGACAUGCAAAGAGGCGGCCGUUCUCCGGGGAGGGCUGGGCGCCGGCGAGCACACAGGGAUGUGAAAGCUGCCCAGGAAUGGGGAGAACAAGUGCAGUGUCACAGGUCUGGAGCGGACCCGGGCUAGUGAGCGAGGAAUGUGGCCUGCGGGUUCGGGUGCUCGCCGUGCGUGUAAUGGAGAUGAAGGCAGGACGGUGACAGCGCUGCGAGGCUUAGGAGUAUCGCUUCUCGGUUUUUAUGGCUAAGAUCAAGUGUAGUAUCUGUUCUUAUCAGUUUAAUAUCUGAUAUGUUCUCUACCCGAGAACAACGUAUUAAGCGGGUUUUUAGAGCAGGGAGUUGGAAUAUGAAGCUUGCUCCGUUCUCUCCAUGCAUCCACCUGAUAAUGCAGUAUUUCCAGGAACGGUGCAUUUUCUCUGGGAAAUUAUUCGCGGUAGAAAAGUAGGUCUUUCUCUUUUCGCGUGAGUUUUUCGAGACCUAUGGUUUACUCACUGCUGUUGGCUUAUAUGGUCUGCGUUGCGAUGGUGCGUGCAGUCUCCAUCCGAUUGCUUUCUGCAGAAAAGGCCGUUAUUGUAGCUGCUCUCUGGGGAAGUUUGGUUAGUGCUUGCGUUCACAGCAUUAAGUAGCGCAGGGUGGUGGGUGUUGCUUUUUUUGUGUCACCGUGUUUAAAAGCUUUUUCUUUGCUUUUCUUCAUUCUGUAGCUUGCUGUUCUCCGUUUUCUGUUUGGCUUACUUACCCCCACCCCACAUCUCCCGGCUUCGUGCGUUUUCCUACUCCUCGUUUCCGAGAGUGAAUUCUCAGCAAGGAUUUCUGAUUCCCUUUUUCCUUAGUGAUUGGGGCGCAAAUGGAAAUAGCACAGCACUCUGCCCGGGGAAAAGGGGUGAGCUCAGAUCCGCGGCAGCUUUACUGAUUCACUCGCGCUCAUUUCACUCCCCCCCAAAACUCCUCCCAGGAAGAAAGGAAAAGAAAAAAAAAGAAAAGUUCGGCUGACCCCUGAGGCACGAGGCAAAACAGCACAUCGGCCGGUUCGUGAGUGUCUCUCCACAUGACUGAUCUCAAAAAAUACAGGCCAGAGUCGGCCUCGGUGCCUAGGAGGCGCGCGGCCCACUGCCACCUAUCUCACCGCCUACGACCACCUUCCUCUGGCCUCUAAUGCACUAGGCCUGCCUGUGCACCGGACUGUGACCAGUCCCCCUGGCGUUCGUACGGAGACUCAGCAGCUGUCAUACUGCGAGCGGGCACCUGUGUGGGAGCGGCUGCGGCUCAAGGCGGCUUGGCGCUCACCGUGGCUGGGCUGGGCUCUCACUUGUCCUUUGGGUAUGUGCCCUUGCCGGCUCUGUGCGAGGUUGAAGUGCGAGCUGGUGAAGAAACAGCUGGGCUGGGCUCAGGCCAAAGGACCAUAGCUCCGUGGGCCCCAGCUUUGUGGCUGGCGGCCUCUCAGGCACAGUGGCGACCCAUCCCGACUCCACUCUUAAACGUGGUGAAGCCUCAACGCCAGCUCGCGCUAGGAACUUACGCUUACCACAUUGUCACAUCGGCCCCAACCUCUGAGCCCUUCCUGCAGGCACGUCCUCUGCCACAUAGAAUACAAUGAGAGAGAAAAGCUAGCUAGCUCUUCCCUUCUCACAAGGAGCAGGAAUAUUAAGUUUCCUUUCUCCCCACUGCAGGGCCCAGAAAUCAGCGGCUUACUUCCGGGGUCCUCUCCCCUCACAUCUUCUCCUCUCCAACACCUAUGCACUGUUCUCCUCGCUCCUACCUACAACCGCACGCAAGCCUGACACACUCUCGACCCUGCCAGCGGCUUACGAACAAACAACCACGCAGCCCCUCUCCGCAGGCGCGCACUGACUGCAAAGAAAUUGGCGAAGAACCCACCAGCACCAUCACUAUGAAAACUGUCAUUUAGUACCAGCAUAGGUAUGCCCCCGAGGGGGUGCACCGUUCCUGGAAGUACUGCAAUACCAGGUCGAUGCGUGGAGUGGACGGAGCAAGCUCCUAUUCCAACUCCCUGCUCCAAAAAUCCAUGUAAUAUAUUGUUCUCGGAUAGAGGACGUAUCAGAUAUUAAACUGAUAAGAACAGAUACUACACUUGAUCUUAGCCAAAAGGCCGAGAAGCGAUGCCCGCACAGUCUCCUUCGCCACCACAACCUUCCCCUCCCACGUCUUUCACCUCACGGUGAGGAAAGUCAUCCUCAAACUGAAGGCCCGCCCUUUCCCCUGGACUUCACAGUGUCCUAUUGCCACAACUUGUAAGACAUACAUACUUUCUCAGAUUGUUUACCUUACUGGGGGCUUUUCGGCUUUCUCUUCUCCCAUGACGCCCCUGGACAAACAUAUGAGCAAUUUGCAUGCCCCGCCCACACACGCGCGAGUUCCCUGCUCCCCGUGUGCGCCCUCUCCCGGUGGAACCCAAACCAGCGCGUAGCAUUCCGCUCCUUCCGCUUGGUUUCCCUGGAAACGCCCAGAACCGGAAAGACGUAAACGGUUCUACCAGCGUUUUCUUUCCCGCGUUUCUUGUGCUUCUUAAAAUGUUGCCGAGCAUACAGCUCCGUUGAAAGAUUUUUACAGCGGCCACCCACCCACCACCUGUCAUCAUCUUACUGUUGUGUAUUGUGUAUACGUACACACACGCAGACCAUACUGCUGAAAUUGAGGAAUCCUACUGAGAAACCUGAUGGCUUCAUAAGCUGUUAACCAAAAGGAUGUUACAUAGGACUGAGUAAACUGACAUUGGAAACUCUUAGGUUCCCAGCAGCUUUAUCAGAUAAAUUAGAAAGGCUACCUCACUAACUAAGUAUAAGAAAACUUAAGAUAUUUUGGGAGCCUUGAAAAGGGAGGAGUUCGCCUACAUUUGUUAGGCAAAAAUCUGUGAUAAGCCCAAGCCCUUGGCAUGGCUUUCCUAGCCUUGAAAGGUCUUUUAAAAGUCCAGUCUGAGGCUCCUUAUAAAAGUUUCACCAAAGCCAAAAGCCUAUAUGAUCAAUUGUAGUUACAUAAAUGAUCAGGCCAAGUUUCUUUUGCGACCAGACUUAUUUUGCAAACAAAUUAGCCUUAAUCUGGUUACAUUAGGUAAAAAUGAGAGUAAUUUUAGAGAGAAGCAGAUUAUGUUUCAGUAAAUAUUAAGUGCCAGUUUUGCUGAUGGAGGUCUGUAUUUACUAAGAUUCACUCCCUGGAUAGUUCCUUGCUGUUGCACCACAGUAAUGUAAAAUCCAACAAGGUUUUUUUUAAAAGGACACUCUAAGUUUGUUUCUGAAGCUUAUCUCAGUAAUCUAUCUUUGGGUGAUUAUGGAUACUAAAAGGACGUAAUUUAAAGGACUAGCUGCAGCUUAGACGGAAGGACACUUAUCAGAGGAGAAACUGCACUCACACUAGGACGAGAAGAAGCCGACAUCAGAAGUAGACAGCUAGCCCAAGAUGCUGGACCUGACUCUUCAUGGGAACGUUGAUAAGUUGAUGGAUGGAGUGAAAGCUCUUACAGGAAGGGAGAUUAAUGUCAGUGAUGUGGAAUAUGUUCUGGAAAACAUGGGGACAGAGCUCACAGAAAAGGAAUGGUUAAAGCUGCUGAAAAAUCUGCCAAUAGAUGAUGGAAAGAUCUAUCAAAAUAGGCUGAUGGAUGGUAUGGCGUCUCUCAGAGGAGGGACCGUUGAUGUCCAUAAACUGGAUACGGUUCUGGGAAACAUGGGCAUAAGCCUCACAGAAAAGGAGCUUAAAGAUCUGACACAAAAUCUGCCAGUGAAUGCUGAUGGAAAGAUUGUUCUCAAUAAGCUAAUGGAUGGAGUAAAAGCUAUUAUAGGGGAGGACAUUGGUAUCUGUGACACAGAAGAUAUUCUGGAAAACAUGGGGAUAGAAUUUACAGAUGAGGAACUCUUGGAGCUGUUAAAAAAGUUACCGGUUGAUGCUGAUGGAAAAAUCCAUCAGAACAGAUUGCUGGAAGGUAUAAAGACUCUUAGAGGAGGGGGAAUUGAUGUCAGUAAACUGGACACAGUUCUGGGAAGCAUGGGGAUGAACCUCACCGAAAAGGAACUUGAAGAUCUGACACAGAGCCUGCCAGUUGAUGUUGAUGGGAAAGUUGAUAGGAAAAAGGUAAUGGAGGACGUGAAAGCUUUCACAGGUGAAAAGAUCGAUAUCAACAACCUGGAAAAUGUGCUGAGUAAUAAGGGAACUGAACUUCCAGACACAGAAUAUACAGAGCUGGUGAAAACACUGCCAGUUAGUGGUGAUGGAAAGGUGCAUAAAAAUAGGAUACUAAAGGGUGUGAAGUCUUUCAAAAGAGGAAAAGUUGACAGCAGCAACCUGAAAUCAAUUCUAGAAAAAAUGGACAUCAAACUCACUGAAAAAGAAUUUGAAGAGCUAAAAGAAAAUCUGUUGAUGGUUUGCAUAGUAGAUACCCUUGUCAGUCCCCAAAGGAAGUUUUGUCCAAGUCUUACAGCUGAGAAUUUCUAAAACUAGAUUUCGUUAGUGAUAAGAUAAAAGUUUAAAAUAUGAAGGUACAGUAAAAUUAGAAAAAAAGCUACAGAUGCCAACUAUUGCUGCUGUCAUUCAACAUUGUCUUAAGGGGUGUAGCUACUUUAGUGAGGAAAUGGGAUGAAAUAAUAUUGGGAAAGGGAAACUUUAGUUUCAGGUGAUAUGAUUGUGUAUCUAGGAAACACAAGCACACAAACUAAAAGAAAUCUGUGAGAAUUAUUGAGCCUUUGAUAAGCCAUUUUGGUUCAGGUGGCUUAAUACAAGAUAAAUAUGCAAAUCUCAGUGGCUUUCCCUAAGCUAGCAAUGACCAAAUAGAAAUAAAAUAGGAAAAGUAUUUGAUUUAUAACAUCAACAAAACCCAUGAAUUAUCUGGGAAUACAUUUUACAAGAAAUAGGAUCUGUAUAAAGAAAACUGUAAAAUCUUAUUAAGGAACGUAAAAUAAAACAUGAGUAUUGUUGAAUGGUAAACUAACAUACAGGAUCAGAUUGUUAAAUCAGACUGACAUGAAUCGGAGAUCUUAUCCAGCAUCAAGCUUCGCUAAAUAAUGUCAAGGAUAAAAGCCAUUAGCAAAUAAAUAGAGGUCUGAGAUGUCAAGAGCGCCAUAGUUUCUUCCUUCCCAUGUUGAACAUGCCACUCUGGUCCAGAAUAGAUGAAGUCUCUAUCAGUCACCUCACACAGCAGGAGCAUUUAAAUUAUGAAACAUUCCAGAAAGUUGUAUAGCCUUUGUGACAUUAUCCAGGGAGCCAUGCCUCAUAGAUCAUGGGUUCUAUUUGCUACCAAUAAUCCCUAGCCACAGACAUACUGCUACGGGCAUUUCAAACAUAAAGACUCUUCCUCGUAGCAUAUAUCAUUAGUCUAUUUACCUGGAGGACCAAUUGACAAGGAUAUUAAACUGGGUCACCUUCCUUCUUUUCUUUUCACUGAGGGCAACUCCUCAGUGAAGGGAGUUAAUGGAUUAUAGACCACUUGCUUUAACUCUUUCCUCUCAGAUGGAAAAAUUUCUCUAGAUUUACUGAAAUAAAGAUAUCAAUUAUCCUAAAAUAAUAUGAGUAUAUACACAUAUAUAGUUUGUGUGUAUGUGUAUUUUUAUAUAUAUAUAUACGUAUAUAUUUUGUAUAAACUAUAAAAUUUUCAGAAUCCCAAUGGGAUUUUUAAAUCAAAGAAUAGUUGAUUCACAACAGUAUAUUCGUUUCAGGUGUACAACCUAGUGAUUCAACAUUUUUAUAGAUUAUACUCUAUUUAAAUUUAUUAUAAAAUACUGGCUAUAAUCCCUGUGCUGUGCAUUACAUCCUUGUAUCUUAUUGAUUUUAUACCUAGUAGUAUGUAUCUCUUAAUCCCCUUCCCCUCUCUUGUCCCUCCCUCCACCCCUCCCCACUGGUAACAACUGGUUUGUUCUCUGUAUCUGUGCAUCUGUUUCUCUUUUGUUGUAUUUAUUUGUUUAAGUUUUUAGAUUCUUCAUGUAAGUAAAAACAUACAGUAUUUGUCUUUCUCUCUGUGACUUACUUCACUAAGCGUAGUACUGUCCCAGUCCAUCCAUAUUGUUGCAAGUAGAAAAAUUUCAUUCUUGUUUUUAAUGGCUGAGCAAUAUUCCUUUGUAUUUGUGAUAUGUGUGUGUAUAUAUGUAUAUACACAUACACACCAUAUGUUCUGUUUUUUAAAACUACUGACUUUUAUUCAGGGAUCCCCAGCUUUUCCUUUGAUGUCUUUCAUCUGCCCAGGAUCCCACAUUGCAUUUAGUCAUCGUGUCUUCAUCUCCUUCAAUCUACAAUUUCUUAAUCUUUGUUUUUUAUGACUUUGACACUUCUGAAGAGUACUGGUCAUAUAUUUUGUAGAAAAAUCCCUCAUUUUGAAGUUGAUGUUUUCUCAUAAUUAGACCAGGGAAUAUCAGUUUGA